CUCCUACGGAUGUUAAUGUGGCUGUGGAUGGAACGAGUUUGCUUGUAAGAUGGAAGGUAUAAAAGCCUCCUCACCAUGACGGGUGGAAUGGAAAGCUGAGAGGCUUCUACGUGGGUUACAAAAAUAUGAUAUCUUUGGAUCCUUAUGAUUACAAGAGAGUAGACUACGUGUCCGAUGGAGUCCAAGAAUGCAUGAUCAAAUACCUUCGCUGGAACACGGAGUACGGCAUCACAGUGCAAGCUUUCAAUAAUAAUGGAAGGGGACCUGCCGCCGGAGAGGUCGUCAUCAAGACUUCAGGAGGAGAUCUGCCAGACCCACCCCUCUAUCUGAAAGUGCAGGAAGUGUGGAGCCGCAGUGCGAAUAUCGCAUGGUCACCGUCGCACACAGGAAGCAGUCCCAACACAAAAUACUUAGUGAAGUUCUGGAGAUUUACAGUAUAUGGUGACAUAUUCCCAGGACUGAACUUGGUGAACAGCUCCCAGACAUCAGUUCUGAUAAAGAAUCUGGAUCCAGCCUCUAACUAUUACUUAAACAUUAGAGCAGAGAAUGAAGUGGGGCGGAGCGAACCGUCGGAGACCAUCUAUUUUACAACGAAUGAAGAAGAGCCCUCUGCACCUCCUAGGCGUGUUAAGGCAGAAGUGAAAAUGUUAACGUCUGUGUUUGUGACAUGGAAGCCUCCUCUUAAAAGUGAAUGGAACGGAAAGCUGACAGGUUUUUAUGUGGGUUACAAGAGCUUGCAGGAUUCCAGCCAGUUGUAUACCUUCAAGACAGUAGACUACAACAAGCGAGGAGAAUAUCAAGAAUAUUUGAUCACCAAUCUUCGUAAGGGCAUGCAGUACAGCAUCAUUGUAAAAGCUUUCAAUAAUGUUGGAAUCGGACCUCCCUCUAAACCUGUCAUUGUCAAGAUAGGAUGAGGUGCUAUGAUAAAUGAAAAUUGAUUUCAUUUAAUGUAUUUGUUACCAACAAUGUAUAAAAUUCCGUCAUUCCGUAGAAUACCAAGAGUUUGAGAAUAAAGUUUGAAAUAUGAGAGUUAUUA